AUGGCCUCGGGUGAAGAAGUUCUUGCUCCGGCCCAGACACCUCCAACAACUCAAGAUAUCGAAUAUCUCUAUCUCGACUUUUCGACAGAACUGCCUGUGCCCAAUGGACUGUCCAGCUCGUCGUCGGCUGAACUGCCUGCGCCGCCGCCAUGUCCGAAUCUAAAGAAAUACACAUCGCCUUUCCUCUGGUCAAACACACGCAAGUCCUUGGUCACCUGGUUAGCCUGUGGCGUGACGACGCUGGCAGCGUACUCGGCCGGCCAGCUUACGCCUACAGCAUCACAAUUGAUGCCGCUGUGGAAUGUUAGCAGCGUUGCCAUUAACACCGGUAUCACCAUCUUUUGCGUUGGCUUUGCCGUUGCUCCUAUGGUGCUGGCUCCUUUUUCCGAGAUCAAUGGCCGGCGGCCUGUGUUUAUUGCUAGUGGAGUACUUUUUACGGCUUGCAUAUUCGGCUGUGGCGGAUCAAACUCUCUGGCCGGGUUGCUGGUUGCUCGGUUUUUCCAGGGCGUUGGUGGAUCUACAUAUUCAACCAUGGUUGGCGGCGUGAUCAGCGACAUCUAUCACACCGAAGACCGCAACACGCCCAUGGCGCUGUUUGCUGGCGCAGCCCUGUUCGGAACGGGACUGGCUCCUAUUAUUUGCGGCACGAUUGUCGAGCGAACAUCCUGGCGAUGGGUAUACUGGUCACAUGGGAUUGUCAGCGGCGCCUUUGUGAUCAUCAUGUACGUGUUUUUGAAGGAGACGAGAGGCAGUAUUCUUCUCAGUCGAAAGGCCCGGGCUCUCAACCAGUGGUAUAACAGCCUGGAGGAAGCGGGCUACUAUGGAGUGGUCUUUGAAUCAAAUGGUGCCUCUGAGAAACAGACAUCUCGCCGGAUUCGUUGGAAGGUGAAAGCCGACGAAGAGCGAGUCUCAUUAGGCAAGAUGAUUAGCAUCUCGUGCUAUCGGCCUUUUCACCUGCUCUUUUCCGAACCAGUUGUCUUUUUCUUUUCACUGUGGGUAUCUUUCAGUUGGGCUGUCUUGUAUCUACAGUUUGGAUCCAUACCGUUGGUUUUUGUGAACAACCACGGGUUUACAGGAGCACAAUCUGGCUAUGUAUUCGCAUCAAUGUCUGUGGGAGCGAUACUAGCAACGAUAUUAAGCAUUUCCCAAGAAAAAGUGGCCAUUCGCUUUGGCAAAAUGUCCAGCACACCCGAGGGCCGGCUGUACUUUGCUUGCAUCGAGUCUAUCCUGAUGCCCAUAGGACUCUUCUGGUUUGGCUGGACGUCUUUUUCGUCUGUGCCCUGGAUUGUGCCGGCUGUUGCGGUGGGAUGCGCUACGAUGGGGAUCUUUUCUAUCUACCUUGCUGUUUUUAAUUAUCUGGCCGAUACGUACCACCGAUACGCUAGCUCUGCGCUUGCAGCACAGUCUUGCUGUCGGAAUCUAUUGGGGGGAAUCUUCCCGCUCGUCACCAAUGCCAUGUUCACCAAUCUCGGAUACCCAGCAGCGUCCAGCCUGCUCGGCGGUAUUGGCGCAUUAUUGACCAUUGUACCGUGGGUGCUCGUGUUUUAUGGACCGAAGAUCCGGGCUCGGAGUAAAUUUGCCAGUUAG